AUGUUUAUUUGGGUAAUAGGCAGCAGCAACGCAAUGACCGCAGCAGUGGCAUUGACAGCACCAGUGGAGGCAUUUUCCCUUCCUCGUGCCGCCCUUCUCUCAACCACCAUGCCCUUUUUCUACCCUAAAAUUUCCGACACGCCUUUAGAGGCGACUUCUGAGACAUCUUAUGACGUCAUAUGCAUGCCAUGCCAACCUUCUCUCAACCUCCAUAGCCACUUUCCACCAGAAUCGGUGACUUUACUGUGCGACAUGUGUGGUGGUACGGGCAAGUGGAAGGCGCUGAACCGCAAGAGGGCCAAGGACACGUAUGAGUUCACCGAAUGCCCCAACUGCUAUGGUCGAGGCAAGCUGGUGUGCCCGGUGUGUCUGGGCACGGGGAUGGGGAAUGCCAAGGGGUUGCUGCGGCGGCCUGAGGCAAAGCAACUGCUGGACCAGAUGUACCACGGUCGCCUGCUGCCCCCUUCCUAG